AUGCCCACUCGACAUGUACCAAACCCAAAGGCAGAUGCCAAGAAAGUUUUCAAGGUCUUAAAAGACGGCGGAAUAGCUAUCAUUCCCAUGAAUGUAGGCUAUGGAAUCAUUGCGACCGAUCCAGCCGCAUUGGACUGCAUUAUUGAUGCAAAAAGACGCAAGCCACAUAAGCGCCAUGCAAUUAUCGGCAGUUACUCUCUACAUUGUGAGCUUCAUAUUCUUCCACCCCGAGAAGCCAGUAUCGUCAAGCUGUUGACAGUGGACUUGGACCUUCCCAUUGGUGUUGUAGCACCAUACCGCCAUGAUCACCCCAUGAUCCAACGACUAGCUCCUGAUCACCUGGAUCGAACUGUUUUGGAUGAGACUCUGGCAAUUCUGGUGAACGCAGGUGAGCUAGCUGAAGAGGUAUCUCGACUUGCUUCAAUUGAAGAACUGGUGGUGAUGGGUUCCUCUGCCAAUAUCACAGGCAAGGGAGCGAAAAUUGUGGUUGAUGACAUUGAGGCCGAAAUUUUGAAGGUGGCUGAUAUCGUGAUCGAUUACGGGAAACAGAAGUUUCACCAUCCUCGAGCUUCAUCUACCAUGAUUGACUUUAGAAAAAUAGAUGUUUUGCGCUGCGGGGCUUGUUACGACGUUAUACAAGAUUCCCUGUGGCGAUUCUGUGGUAUCAAGCUACCUGAUGAUCCCCAAGAUCCGGUGAAUAUCUCGGGUGGUACUUCCGUGAGGUGA